CCUUCUGUAUUUAUUAGGACUUUCUCGUCCACCCUUUGAUCCAUCGCAUCUGCUCUUUGCCUCGUUCCCGUUGUGUCCCUGAUUGUUCUCGGUUGUUGCCAUGUUCGCCGCCAUUCCAAACAGAGUCUCCCAGUCGGUCUGCAGGACCGUCAAGCCUCCAAAGGCCCACCCGACGCCCUCAUCGUUCUCGUCGUCGUCGGGCUCGGUGGCCUCGAUCUCGACCCCGUCCAACAUCAUCGGCGACCCCACCAAGCCGGCCUCGUCCAGAUCCUCGGUUCGUUCCUCGACUCUGUCCCGUGCCGACGAUGCCAUCAAGCCAUUCCCACCCAAGGAACGGGAUUCGUUGCUCAUGAAGCGAACCAUAUCCUCUCCGCCGGCUCUCUUUGCUGCCCCUAUUCCUGUCUCGGCCCCGGUGCCGACUCCAGCUCCGACCAUCGCUGUCGUCGAGCCUACGCCUUCGCGUGCUCCCGUCCGACCCCAGCGACGUCCGUCGAACAUCUCAAAGCUGGAUUCCCAUCAUCGCUUUGCCUCAAAGUACCGACUGCACACUGCCAACGCCAACAACGUCCCGACGAAGCAGCAGCAGCGACAUGCUUCCACUGCGUCGGCCUCGCCCGCGACCCCUCCCUCCUCGAAGAAAAAGUCGACUGGUCUGCUUUGCAGUGUCUGUGGUCUCACCGGCCACUCCCACCGAUCGUGCCCCACCAAGCAGCGCCCUGCCGAGUCCCUGCGCACCCCAAAGGGCAAGGCCUUUGCGUCCUCCUCGGCAGCCAAAGUCGAGGCCAAGAUUCGCUCUGUCCAGACGACGGCCCCAGUCAAGGACGCUCUCGCCAAAGGCAGCAGUGCCCCCAGCCCGCCAGCUGCUGCUGCUACUGCUGCCGUCGCGUCCUCAGAUGCCGAUUCCCAGUAUCUCGCGGCCACAUCUCUCUUUGUCACAAGACUCAUCCACAUGGAGCCGGAGACGCAGCUGUUUGCGUCUGUCAUGGCCACCCCGGGCGCCGAGACCACUCCGGAGUCGCAGGCAGUCCCCAGCCCGGCGCCUGCAGCUGAUCCCGCCCUGGACUCGCUCUCCUCCUCGACGGAAAGUGUGCCGCCUCCCGUGCCUGAGAAAGACACACCUCCCGCAAAGCAGGUUGUGUUUCCCACUCUCUCUUUCCUCAAGGCCGAUAUUGCGCUGCAGCACUCGCUUGGUGCCGUCCAAAAGGUCUACGGCGAGCCCUUGGAGUCGCCCGUAGCUACCAGCAGCCCCGCUACGGCCGCUUUGGCACACGGAUCGACUAUCGCAGAGACAACAGCACCCCGUCCCGAGGCCUCUGCCAAGGACCACCUCGACUCGUCCGCUACUGAUCUCCGGCUCACCGAUGCGACUCCCAGUAGCAUCAUCCCAACAGAAGUCGCUUCUGGAGCCCACUCGCUGAUCAAUGCUCCCCGCGUCGCCUCAGAUAUCAUGGUGCCUCCCAAGGUCGAGACUGCCCUUGCCACCCCGACCCGCAGCGCCGCUAAUCUUCCGGCAGUUCAGCGCACUUUCCCGGUGUCGCUCGAGUUGGGCAGCAGUAUCCAGCACCGUGUCUCGCUUGUCCCACUCGUGCCCAUGGCCAGCCAUCUGGCUAUCGUUGAGCCUGUCCCUACCGCUGUGGCUCUGCAGCCCACUGCCGAGGCAUUCCUCACAGUCGAGCCAGCCCUGCCGCUUUCGCAUGAUUUGGUUGGCGCCGAGCCUGCUUCGGCAGCCGUCACUGCACCAGUGAGCAUCCUGAUCGAGCCCAAGGUCGACAUGCCAUCGCAGGCCCCGUCCAUGCCAUCGGCUGCAGCACUGGUCGAAGAGCCGUCCCGGAUCUCUCCUCGGGCCUCUGUCGGCAAGCAACGCAGACGCCUCUUCCGUGAUCAAAGUCACGUUCCUCUGCGCCGCCUCACCGUCGCGGAUAUUCAGCAACGCUUUGUGAACGAUACAGUGUUCCAUCGCAUGAUAGGCAAGGCUCUCAGCGUCGUCCAUCGCCCAUUCAACCGCAAGGAUCGCGCACAACCGGCCGAAAAGGCCAGUGCAAGUGCCCCCAUAGAUUCGAAGCUUAUAUUCAAGCCCCUGCGCAAGCCCAAAGCUGUCCGGCCCAAGCCCAAGCAGCUGGCGCUCGACUUUUUGCCGCCCUCGAUAUUCCAAAUCAAGCCCAUCCGAACAGCGCCCAUCGCUCAGCGCUUGCCCACUCCUCCCCUGGAGUUCCUCUCGCUGUCGCCCCUGUCGCUCCUUCCCAACAAGCCCUUCCGCAGUCCCCAGAAGGGCAUUGCUCCUCGCCGACCCAAUGCGUUGGCUCAUCCGCUGCUCCGUGAAACCGGCGUUGGGCUUUUGCGGACCCCUUCGGCGACGAACUUGGCGUCCGUGCGACCCCCGAAAUCCCUCGGGCUCUCGAUCUUUGCCCAGGUCUCGAGCGAGUUCCUGAUGUCGAACCAUGACGGCCCCAUCGGACCCAAGUCCUUCACCCUGCCCGGCUCACUGGACCCAGUCCAGCUGGGCUCUCGCAAGAAAUCCAAUCGCCCCAGCUUCGAAGCCCGUCCGUUCCUGCUGCCUGUCCAUGAGCAGCUCAAGUAUUUCCCCCACCAGUCCCGCGCCCCGUCCGUCCGAGUCCGAUCGUUCCACUCUCAACCCGACUUUUUGCUUCCUCUCGCGCCCGUGCCGCCCUCGGUCGUGUGUCCCUACGUCGACCACAAGGAGGGCGAGGAGGAAGUGGAGCUGACUCCCGAGCCCCCAGCCUUCAUCGAGACCACCAGCCCACAACGGCCAAAGAUGAUCAUGGUCUCGCUCCGAAACCUCUUUACCUUCUACAGCAUUUCGGAUGAGCGAUCCUGGAUCGCCGAGUCUGAGCGCAUCGCUGCCUGGAUCACCACCAAGGCGCGCUCCUACGCCUGUCUCCUGCUGGCCCUGAUGGCGCGCACGGCCGAGUCGGCGUUUGCCUGGAUGGACCGACAAAUCUCGAGUGACAUCAAGGAGGAAAUCAAGCUCAUCCAAACCUACAUCCACACAUGCAUUGAAAUCCGCAUCCGCCUCGAUCUCCCCCUGCUCUUCCCCAACGAGUACAUCACCGACUCGUCUGGUGCCAUCGUCGGCCUGACCCGUCCGGUGCAUCUGCUCGCCAUCCGCUACCUGGGACGCAUCGUGGCCCAUGUCGUGCUGCGCCUCGCCCGCAUCCAGCCGCUCAACCGCGACGACCAGAUCAGCAGUGCCGAGAGCGUCCCCAUGUCGCGAUCCGCCUCGAACUCAUCCUAUAGCAGCUCCGCUGCUGCCAUCCUGCCCCCAACCCUCGACCCCCCUGCCACCAGGAGCCUCGAUUUGACCGCAACCCCUGCUGCGGGAUGGACCCACGACUCUACCGACCGACCCCGCUUCGCCAUCGAGCCUGACAACACACCCGACGCCGAUUCUAUGAACCCUCCUCUGCUGUCGCUCAAAACCGACCGUCUGCUUCUGCAGUACGAGUGCAGCAUCUCGCCCUCAUCCUCCCCCAACCUUUCCGACGAGCUCAGCAACGCUCUCCUUCGCGAGCACGAGCUCUAUGCUCGCUCCGAAUCGGUGCCUCAUAGCCGCCCAGACACUCCCGAUUCUGUGGCCCACUCUGCCCCUCACUGGCAGCACUCCCGCCGUACCUCGAGUACCUGGGAUGUCGACAGCCCGUCGCUGUUUGCCUCUAGCCCCGCCACCUUUGCCUCCAGUCCCGCCGUCCAUACCGCCAACCCCGCCGUCUUUACUUCCAGCCCAGCUACAAACACCUCGAGCCCAACGACUCUCACCUCCACGCCCACCGCUGCCAACCGAGUUCCCUCGCAGCCCGUGCACGUCGAUAUCAUGCCGCUGCCCACCCAGAUCUUUGUCAAGGAGGGCAACGCCGAGUGGGAGGCCUUCAGAGUCAAGGGCGCCGGCAUCCCCGAAGAGGUCCUUUGGAUCGAAUAUCAGUAUCUGAAGACCACCGGUUGCCUGAGCGCUGCGUACGACCAGAGCCUGCGCGAAGUCGAUGCCUGGUGAGGACGCCACGUCCCGAGACCAGCUGUUCUCGGCGACACAGGAACCAACCCACGCCAAACCACGCCUAUCAAAGUCAACCAAAGCCAAACAAGCCAAACAAAACACCACUUUUGAAAUGACAGCAACCCCAUAUACCGUACCAGUCCUAUUCUGGCCUGCCAGCGCCAGUGGACGUGCUUCCGUCUCGGUGCCGAGUUGUCGCACAAUACCGUUCUUGAACCACGUUUCUCUGCUCCCGCAUCCUUCCCCUUUUGUUGUUUGCUUCCGCACUUUGGCCCCAAAUUGCCUUAUCUGCGGUCUGUCCGAGCCCCGUAACUCUGCUGAACUUUCCGUGCGCUCUCUAUGCUCUGUCUCUUGGCUCU